UGAGGUUCAAAGCAGUAAAGAGACCCCUCAAAACUUCUUGCUUAGGGCAAUGGACUUAAGACAAAAAAUCCUGUUUGCUUCUCAGGAAGCUGAUUCAAGUCUAAAAUAUGACCCGGUACUAGUUCAGAGUCUGUUUAUGCAUACAGUUCUAACUGGCCUUCAGAGUGACAAUAUUAAAGGUGACCUGCAGCCCUACCUCCUCCAGACAGAUACCUCAGAUGAGCUGCUGUUGGAGAAACUGAACAUUUCACAUGCCAAUGAAAAAGAGAGACAGGACAAAAAGAAACACUCUGCCCCAUCACGUGUAACUAAUGUGAAUACAGUCCAGUCAAGUGAAGCUCUGGUGGAAAAGAAAAGUGCCGCCUCACAAAGCCCAGCUUCACUUCCCCCUGAUCUGCUCGCUGAAAUAAAAGAAAUGCGCUCUGACAUAGUGCUAUUGAAAGACUUGAAAGCUGAGAUCUGUCAAAUCAGGGAAACAAUCCAAAGACCCGCCCCUGCACCGCCACACUACCUUCCACCAAGCAGAGAACCAGCAACUGUGCCCUCUCCUUACCCAGUAUUCUCACCCCCCCAAUCCUCACCUUAUCAGACUGAGUCAAAUGAAAUGCCAUAUUUCCACCAGCAGUCACCAGCAGCAGUGCAGGAGUAUCGACCAACAUUCGGGCCUGGACGGAUGAGAGAGACGGCCCAGUUCCAGCAGAGGUUUGCACCGCAGAGGUUUUACCCAGCGCGACGCCCUCAGCCAAAAUGUCCCUCAUGUACUCAAGCAGGGAGCUCAACAAGAAAACCCAUCCAGAUCGCCACCCCAUCCCCAGAGUACAGGACAUUAUGGACACCCUGGGAGGGAACACCCUCUUUUCACUGCUGGAUCAGGCAGAACGUUUGAGGAUCAUGUCAGUGACGUCAGAAAGGUGUUGCAACGCUUGAGAGAGCAUGGGAUAAAACUGAAACCCAGGAAAUGUGACCUGUUUAAGACAGAAGUGCGAUACCUUGGGAGAAUUGUGUCUGCUGAGGGAAACAGAAUGGACCCUGCUGAUACUGUUGCGGUAAGAGCCCUGAAAGACAAGCAACCAGGUACUGUUGGCGAGUUGAGAGCCAUUUUAGGACUGUUGAGUUAUUACCGGCAGUAUAUCAAGGAUUUUUCACGUAUUGCCAGCCCCUUGUAUGAUUUGCUCAAAGCACCUGUCGAGACUGAGACCCUGAAAGAUAAAAAGAGAAAGUGGCAAACAAAACGAAACAGUAGAGGAGUUCCGUCCAACACACCCAUUGAGUGGGCUAAUGUGCAUCAGAUCAUAUUGGAACGGUUGAUAGACUGCCUCAUUCAGCCACCUGUUCUGGGUUUCCCAGAAUUUUCCCAGCCAUUCACCCUCCAUACUGAUGCUUCCAAUCAGGGGUUAGGGGCGGUAUUAUAUCAAAGACAGAAUGGAAAGCUACGUGUGAUUG